GUUUAGGACUGGCAAUGAACACCCUGAGUGCCAUAUUUCAUUGGUACUAUAUCAUGUAUUUGGCCUGGUCAUUGGUAUACCUGGCUAAUUCAGUACGGUCACCCCUUCCAUGGACCUUAUGUAAUCAGAACUGGAACACUGACCGCUGCGCCUUUAAAGGUGGAGCGACCACCAACGUGUCCGGGGCUAACGUCAAUGAAGGAACGCAGGCAUCUGAUCACAGUGGGGCUAGCUUUCUGAACGAUACCAUUUUUAACACAAGGCGAGUUGCGGUCUCUGCGAGUGAAGAGUUCUGGCUAAACAAUGUUCUGGAGCUGUCCUCUGGGCUGGACAGUAUGGAUGGUGUUCCUUGGCGCAAUGUAAUAGCAAUUCUGGUUGCGUAUGCUGUUUGUAUGGCCUGUCUUAUUAGAGGUGUUCGUUCUGUUGGAAAGGUUGUGUAUAUUUCGGCAACACUACCAUAUAUUCUGCUCAUGGUUUUAAUUAUCAGGGGCGUAACCCUGCCAGGCGCCGUGGAUGGGAUAUUGUUUUAUGUCUGGCCAGACUUCAGAAAACUUCAAAAACUGCAAACAUGGCUGGAAGCAUCCAUUCAGGCAUUUUAUUCAGUUGGUGUCAUUGGAGGAGCCGUCACUACGGCGUCUAGUUAUAAUAAAUUCAAGAACAACUGUCUUAAGGACUCCGUUAUACUGGUGCUGGUGUGUGAGGGUACGAGCAUUUACGCAGGUUUCGCCAUCGUCUCCAUACUGGGUCAUAUGUCUCACGUCUUGAAUGUUCCGAUUUCAAACUUCAGCGCAUCAGGUCCCGGGCUUGCUUUUGUCGUCUACCCUGAAGCUCUAUCUUAUCUGCCGGUACCCCAGUUAUGGAGCGUCUUAUUCUUUAUUAUGUUAUUUAUGGUAGGCAUGGAUUCACAGUUUGCGGGUAUAGAGAUCUUUCUGACCAGCUUGUUUGACGCUAUACCCCGCCAGACGAGAAAAUGGAAGGCCUUGAUCACAGUUGGAGUCUGCCUGUUUUUGUUCGUCACUGCCAUGCCUUUAGCAUCUAGGGGAGGGAUGUACAUCUUCGUACUGUUUGACUGGUACAUUAGUGCCUUUUCAUCUUUCGUUAUUGGAAUAUUAGAAUGCGUCGUGGUUGCCUGGAUAUACGGCGUAGAAAACAUUUAUGACGACAUAGAACUGAUGAUUGGCCGUCGCCCACCUUUCUUGUUUGCCAUUAUGUGGAAGUACAUCACACCUUUUACACUUGCGUGUGUGAUGAUAAACCUAUUGCUCACAUAUGAACCACCUGUAUUCGAGGGCUAUACUUACAGUCCAUGGGCCAUCUUUAUGGGCUGGAUCAUCGCCAGCCUGCCACUGAUACCCAUUCUACUGUUUGCAGCAGUCUAUCUGGCCACUCUGCAAGGCAGCUUUAAAACGCGUCUCAAGAUCGCUUGCACACCAUCCGCAGAGUGGUGUCCCUCUGAUAUAAAUAUUCGUGAGCAGUACAGACUUAAUGGCACAGGUUCCAAUCCACAGAAGAUCAAACUUCCUUUAUUGCAUGUUGAGUGCAAAUUUUAA